GCAGUUUUAGAAUGACUCUUCCUCAUCCCUUCCUCUUGCACUUCUUCUUCAUUUUCUUCUGAGCUUUUUUCUCUUUCAUUAUAUUACUCACUAUUAUAAGCUGUGAUUAUCUUUAAUUUCCUUGUUGGAGCUGAUAUUUUGUUUUUUGACGACAAAUUUCCUGCCUUUUUUCUCGCUAUGGGUUUCUUUUUUAGCUAAGUUGCCUCCUCCUCCUCCUUGAUUUAAUUCAGUUUGUUUGUUAUUGUUGUGGAGUUUAUAUCUCUUUCCUUUGUUUUAGGGUUUUGUAUGUAAAUACAUAGUUGCUUAGCUAGCUAAGUUACCUGCCCCUCCAUCUCUAGCUGCAGAAAUACAACAAAAAAUCUGGAAUUAGCUACGAAUUUUGUCACUAAUCUGCCAGUAAAGAGCUCGUAGCUAAAAGAUUUUGUUCUUGAGCUAUAAAAUUUAUGCGUAGCUAGUUCCUGUUUUUUUCAGUAGUGAUCAAGAGGUAAUUCUUCCUUUAAAUUUGUUACAAUGGUUGAUUAUCAAGAUCAUCGAGUUGGGAAGGAGACAUUGUGGAUAAAGCUCAAGAUUUUUGAGGAUGAUGUGUUAGAAGAUCACAAACAAGUCCUAGAAGAUCAUCAGGAUGAUGUUGUUGAUGAAGAUGAAGAUGAAAAGGAAGUUCAGAUUAAUCCGAAAAAUAAUGAUGAUAAUAAUACGAGGAUUUGUCAUGUGUGUAACAAAGGGUUUAGGUCUGGUAAAGCACUUGGGGGUCACAUGAGAAUUCACGUUCAGGCUUCCAAAAAGCAGCUGUACCUCUCUGGUAAAAAGUGCAAAAAGUUGAAACCACUUGUUGACAGGUACUACAAGAAACGAAUAUUACAACAAGAUCAUGAAGAAAAAUUAGAUUUAGAGAAUUGCGACAAUCAGUUGCUACCAACUUGUUCAAUCUGUGGGAAGAACUUCCCGUCCAUGAAAUCGUUGUUUGGGCAUAUGAGGUGUCAUCCUGAACGGGCAUGGAGGGGAAUUCAACCUCCUCAUUUGAAAUCUCCUGAUGAUAAUAAAAAAACGACUUCUGCUACUACUAAAUCUGAGGAUUUACUAGUAACCGCUACUAAUGAGAUGGAUAAAAAAACAGCUUCUGCUUCUGCUACUACUGAUACUGCUUCUGGUGGAGAUUUAUCUAAGCCGGUGCCUGGCUGGUCAGUGAAGUCUAAACGAGGCCGCAAGCCCGUUGCUGAAGAAUCCACCAACUCAGGCCUGAAGGAUGAGGAACAAUUGCGCGAUGCUGUGAAUCAUCUAAUGCUGCUAGCCAACGGAGAUUCAGUGCUCGAGUCCGGCCUUACUGGAGGGGGCUAUGAUAAUAAGCAUGGAAUUCGAGAAGAAUUGGAGACAACGAACAGCAAUUCUCUUACUUCAAAAGUUGAAACUGAUCAAGAAUUAGCUUAUUGUGUUUCUGAAUCGAUGAUCAACGAGAACAAGAAGAAGAGAAGGAAGAAGAUGAAGUUUCUUGAUUCAGUAAAAGAUGCAGCUAGUCCAGUUUCUCUUGAUCAUGACCAAAACACGCCUGAAAAAUACAAGUGUAACACUUGCGAAAAGAGCUUCACAACUCACCAAGCUCUUGGAGGGCAUAUGUCUAGUCACAACAAAUUCAGAAUGGUCAUUCUAAAUUCCGAUAUUACUAAUGAAGAAGCAUCUGCUAGCAGCUCAAAGUUGUUGGAUGAUAGCAAAUUAUGUUAUAGUAACAAGAAGUUCCCAAUGAAUAGGUGUCAAUUGACUUCGCCUAGUGAAUUCAGCAACAUUAAUGGACGAAGAAUUCUGGAUUUUGAUCUCAAUGAAUUGCCCCCUGAUCAUGAAGAUGAAGUUGCUGAUCAUCAUGGGUAUUUUUCAUUUCUUCCAAUUUAAUUAACUAGGUAGCUUUUAAAUUUCUAGUUAUUGCAUAUUUUUAGCUUUUUGGUUAGGAACAACUAGUACUAAUUUCUCUUCGCAGCUUGAUAUAUAAUCGCAUAGUAACCUUCUUGGUUAUUAUUUAGUUACUAUUAUCUUUUUGCUUUUUUUUUUCUUGUUUUCAAUCCUUAAUGGGUGUUUCGAAGUAGGGCUAGCUGUUGGCUUUUGUUCUUAUAUUUACAAUUAUCUUUAUGGGAAGCACGAUUGUCCAACAAUGUCUGCUGUCAGUAGGAAAACACCAAAUGUAUAUACUAUAUUGUACAGGAACUCUUCUUUCAGUACCAA